CCAAACGCCAUCUCCACCGUCGCCUCGCCUCCUCCUCCUCCCUCCGGCGAUGGAGGCCGCCGACCCGCGGUGACUCACGCGGCCGCUCGCCCGCCGCCGCAAUGGCGUGCCUCGCGCCCCACUUCCAGUGGGCGCCCUGCCCCCACGCGCACCACCACCGCCACCCCCACAACCCGUCGUCUUCUUCCACGUCGGCACCCUCCCCCUCCUCCUCCUCCUCCUCCAGGUGCUCCUCCACCCGCUGCAACCCCUUCCGCGUCCACUGCGCGGUCGCCGCCACCUCCGCCGCUGCGCCCGUCGUCGUAGAAGCGGCCGGCGCGGGGAUGCGGCUCGCGUACGCCUCCCGGGACGCCGCGACGGCUCUCCAGAAAACAAUUCAAUCGGCCCUGGCAUCAGAAGCACUUCUAAAUGAAGAGGCUGUUGUAACUGCUGCAGCAGCAGAGGCAGUUGCCCUUGCUAGAGCAGCUGCUGAAGCUGCACAGGAAGUUGUUCGUAUGGUACAAAAUAACAAAAAAGAACCUAAGGCCAGACCAAAAAAAGCUGCGGUCAACUAUUUGGCAAAAGAAAUCCUUUGCACGGAAAUGAAACCAUACAGUCUUGAUAAAUAUAGUGAUGGCAUUUUGUCAGAGGAGAUAUAUUCUUAUGGCAUCUUGAGUGAUGAUGCUGAACUAGACAGUGAUAAUCAGGACAUCCCUAGUAUAGCUGUGAAGUCUGCUCGUCAAACUGAGAGAAAAGCUCGGAGAACAAGGGCAGCAAUAAAGGCUGCUACUGCUGUCCGUACUCCACAAAAACCUUCAUCAUCCUCAAAGAAGAAGCGGUCAAAAGGUCCCUCUUCUGGCACGAAUCCUUUAAGUUCCUUGUGGAAGAUGACUGGUCGUAGACUUCUUACAGCAAAGGAAGAGGUUGAGUUCUCAGAAGGUAUUCAGGACCUCUUGAAGCUAGAAGCAAUCCAAGCUGAGCUUGCAGAGUACAAUGGUGGCCAGCCAACCUUCUCUCAGUGGGCUACAGCAGCUGGAAUUGAUGAGCGAACUUUGAGGAAGCGUUUAGAUCAUGGUAUUUAUUGCAAGAAUAGAAUGGUAACGUCCAAUGUGCGGCUUGUAAUCUCUAUUGCCAGAGAGUUUGAAGGUCCAGGAAUGGAACUUUAUGAUCUUAUUCAGGAAGGAAUGCAGGGCCUUAUAAGGGGUGCUGAAAAAUUUGAUGCAUCGAAGGGUUUUAGGUUCUCGACAUAUUCACACUGGUGGAUCAAACAAGCAAUGCGUAAAUCUGUCUCAGAGCAAUCACAAAUAUUUCGCUUGCCAGCUCACAUGGUUGAAGCAAGCUAUCGUGUGAAAGAGUGCAUGAAACGACUUCGUCGAAAGCUUAAAAGGCGACCCACUAAUGAAGAAAUAGCAGAAGACACUGGUAUGCCGAUCAAACGAGUCGAGGCAGCAGUGAACCUUCCAAAAUAUUCUGUAUCCCUUGAUAGUAAAAUUGGUAGCACAGACAUGACUUACCAGGAAGUCACAGCUGAUCCCACCGCAGAGACAGCAGAAGAGAUGCUGAACAGAUUAUCAAUGAAACGGGACGUACACAAGGCACUGGACACUCUGAGCGCCCGUGAGAGGCAGGUGGUGACACUUCGUUUUGGGCUCGAUGAUGGCAGGAUAAGAACCCUGCAGGAGAUUGGCAACACCAUGGGUGUGAGCAGGGAGAGGAUCCGGCAAAUCGAGUCGGCCGCAUUUCGGAAACUGAGGAGCAAGAAGAGAGUGAAUGCACUGAAGGACUAUCUGGUACCAGUAGGCAAUUGGUGACACUUUCGUCUACACAUACAUCAUUUUCCUUUCGAAUUCUUUUUAUCCCUUCCUUUUUGAGGAUCCUUUACUUGUAUCUUUUCAACUGGAUCUUCAUGUACACAAUACGUUGUCAGAAUAGGCUCUUUCACAAUGAAAGAAUCAACAGAUUUUGCUGAGCUAUUUACUAUCCCAUCAUGCCAUACAUGUGAUGUUCGCAGUAUAAACACCAUGCAUUUUGCUGAGCUAUUCACUAU